UCCAAAGACAUAGCCCAAGCCCACCCUCGGUGUCUCCGUUCUUCCACGAGUGUUGGUGGUCACCAAAGCUUCAUCUUGGCAUCAGGAAGCUGCAGUGUGGUGAAGAUGAUGAAACCUGGUGAGAGAAGCAGGGAGAGGGAUGCUGAUUUCCACUAUUCGGGUCACGACGAUGAGAAGGACAGGUACUUCUUCAAGGUUCUGGUUGGCGAUUUCCGUGAACGACUGGCCGUCCCUGACAAAUUCAUGCAGCACUUCACCAGAGGGCUAGUCACAAGCAGUGUUACGCUAGAAUCACGCUGCGGACGCAGUUUCCAUGUCCAAGUGGCUGAGAAUCUGGGCAAGGUGGUCCUUCAAGCGGGGUGGAAGGAGUUCGUCGCUGCGCAUGGCUUGAGCAUGGGGGACGUCCUGGUUUUCAAGCACGACGGGACUCCUCGGCUGAAGGUUUUCAUGUUCGACCAUAGCUGCUGCGAGAAAGUGCCGCCGCCAUGCCCUGUCAAGAUCAAGCGAGAGCAUCAUGUCUGUGGCGGAGAGAGAAGGGAGACGCACCCUGAAGUUCCAAGCAGCAGCUGUGGAGAUGCUUCCAUGACUUUUGUCACCGCUAGCUCGUCGUCAGCCUCCCCCUCCGACGACGCGUCAGGAGAGUGGAUAUUAUCUCCAGAAGACCAGAAACCACGUUACGUUCCAGGUUACAUCCUCCCAAAUGGAACCUACCUCACCUGUGUGCAGAUGCAGAAACUGAAAGAAAGAGUCCGAGCUAGGACUUCUACUAUCCCCAUCUACGGAUGCACCGUGAGGAAGAGCAACAUUCGUAGGGGAUCUCAGAAUAUGGCCAUACCAAGAGCAUAUGCUGAUGUAUACCUACCAUUCGAGGACCGAACGCUGACGCUCCAACGCUGCGGCGAGAGCUGGGAGGUGCAGUGUCGGAUUCAGAAGGGCAGACGCGGAUGCAAAAGGCUCGCGCAAGGGUGGAGGCAGUUUGCUCACGACAACAAGCUGCAGCUGGGAGACCUCUGCCUCUUCGAGCUACUUGAGAACACCAGCAAGUACACGAUGGAUGUGCAUGUCGUUCGCGCGGAAUGAAAAUUGCAUGCACAGGCAGCUGACGCUCUUGGCGCCAGCAUAGCUUUUGCAGCAACAUGUGGAUGGUGGUAGCAGAUGCAUGCUUGCCCAUCCUCUCUGGUUGGGCAAUUGGUUAACUCGUGUGUGCCGCCGCCUAAGUUCAGGCUUCAGAGUGUUUAACUUGUGACCCAUAUUAUGCUCCAGCAAUCGUUUGAGGACAGAGGUCAUCACGAUU